AUGGACGCAGCCGCGGCGUCUUCCUGGGAGCCGCCCAGCGACCCGGUAGAACUACGGAAGCUCAUCGAAAGUGUGCAACAACCCGGUUCAUCCGAACUUCAUGAUGUACUACCGCCAGUACCGCCAGACGCCCCUGACAUUCUCCGGAAGAACUGGAAACGGUAUGCCUUGAGAAAGCAUAAGGCACCCGGCCCAUUGAAGAUCGCAAAGUGGAAUUAUGAUCAUCCCGUGGUCUGGGUAAAUGCGCUGUUGGCUGUGGCCUUGGCUGCUGUGACAGUUUCGCAAACGGGCCGGUUCUCUAUCGUUCAGCUGGGAAUUUACUUAGCGCUGCUGACUUUCCUGGACUACAAGAUAUGCCAGUAUGUUUUCCCUCAUCUAUCCUAG